CAACGAGGCGUGGAAAACCUCACGGAGCAAGCGCAAAGAAACACCAGUGAACUCGGAGGAUAAUAAAAAGUAAAACUCAAGAGAUUUGUGUUUAUUGUGUGCUGAAAAUAACGAGAAAAGCCCAGCAGAAUGUCCGGGUUUCUGGAUAAUGUCCGGUGCGGAGAAUGUGAGUGCGUAGAUUGGGGGGAGAAGCGGAACUCCAUCGCAUCCAUAGCUGCUGGAGUAUUGUUCUUCACAGGAUGGUGGAUAAUCAUUGAUGCAGCAGUCAAAUACCCUGACAUGGACAGAUUCAACCAUUCCUACCAUGCUUGUGGGGUUAUAGCGACUGUUGCAUUCCUCAUGAUCAAUGCGGUGUCUAAUGGACAGGUCCGUGGGGAGAGCUACAGCGACGGGUGCAUGGGACAGACAGGGGCUCGGGUCUGGCUCUUCAUUGGUUUCAUGCUGGCCUUUGGCUCUCUGAUCGCUUCCAUGUGGAUCCUCUUUGGAGGCUACGUUGUGCCACAGAAGGCAGAGGUGUAUCCGGGUAUAGCAGUCUUCUUCCAGAACGCGUUCAUUUUCUUUGGGGGUCUGGUGUUUAAGUUCGGGCGUACAGAAGACUUGUGGCAGUAGUGCUGCCCACUUCGUGUUUCUGUUCGGGUUUGUGUUUGUAAGCCUCUUGCCUUGGCACACUGUGUGGUGUGUCUAACUGGUCUCCUCUCUCUGGUAUAUUAUAGCGUGGUGUUAGUUUACAGUAUGUAAUGUGCUACCUUUCUACUUCUCUGAAAACAGUGACGGUCGCACUGAGUUUUGACGUCUGAACAACACAGACAGAAAUGAGCAGUGAUGUAUCAACACAGUCCAAUACUGGUGUAGUUAAUGAUCUAAAUACUGCUGCCCUUCAAUGUUCUGUCCCCAUAUAAAGCAAUCAGGUGGGGGGGAAAAAAUCGAUGACAUAUAUUUCUGUCCAAGACGACUUUUUCAGCUAUUUUUUAAAACUAUUUCAAGCAUGAAAGGGUUAAAUGUAAAGAAAAGCUUGAGGGAGUGUGAAACCAUGUCCAUGAUGAAGCGGCGUGUUGAGCAUUUCAGUUUGCUGUUCCUGUAACUACGCCUGUACUGUGCAAUCCCUCUUUCAACCAGCAAAAGGACUGAGCUGUGGCCCUAACACAACGGUAUCUUUACAUUUGACCAGCGUUUGUCUGAAGCUGGUUUUAGGGGCGGAAGUUUGUUAUGUAUUCUGCUUGUUAAUUAACUUCAGUGCAUGUUAAAAACGAUGUCAUUUCUCCAAAGCAAAAACACCCUCUUAAACUGUCUGCUGGGAAUGUCAAUUUAAUAUACAGUAUGUGUGCAAAGUGAUGCGUGUUGGCAAGAGAGUUAUUGUGUUGUGCUGUUUUUUUAUUUUUUAUUUUAUUGUUUUCUCCUGUAUUUUGUGUAGUAGAUUUUGUAAGCAAGUGAGCUGGCUGACUCUUGGUUACUGCAUUUUGUGUUGUCUUAAGGUGUGCUGCACGUGAUGUUAAUUCACACCACUGUUCAGAGCUCUGUUUUAUGCAUUAAAUAUUAUGUAUGCUUUUUCCAUUUACAGUUUGUACACAGAUUAGCCACAAAAAAUGCCCACAUUUUGAAAUGUUCUUAUUCUUAUGAAUGCCAUGAGAUCAUUUUGUGAAUGCAUCUGUAUAAAAGAGUAGUCAAGCUGAAGAAUAAGCUGUGAUAUUAACAUGACCUGAAAGGUAUCAUUACAGCUCAGCCAGCUAGCUGGAUACAUGUGCUUCAAAACUAACGUUAAAGGCCAACAAUGAGUAAUACACUACUGGUUAAUUCAUAUUUCAGAAAACAUAAUGCUGACAUGCUGUGGUAAAUAACUAAACUGGCUCGCCUGAAAUGUAUACUUAGUUAUUUAAUACUGAGAAAACUGAUAUUGGAUGUUCUAAUCAAAGCUUUGAGAAACAUGAUGUAAUGAAUUUUCACUUUUGGUGAAGCCCGUUUAUCAUGCCACAACGCUAUAAUCCCUGUCCGUCUUCACUUCCUGUCCUGUUACCUGGAACACAGGAAGUGAGAUUAUAGUGUAGCGGCUGGACACAUUCUUUACCUGAGUGCAAAUAAAGUAAAGGUGAAACAAGA